UCAAAAACCUCACAAAUCUCUAGGGUUUUACUGUCUGCAACCAAAUCUCUUUCGCUCACCCUCUCUCUCUCUCUCUCUUUCACCGUCACUCUCCGCCGCGAGCUUCCGUCGUCGUAAACAAUGAGGAUCAAGACAAUAUCGAGAUCAGUUGAUGAAUUCACCCGAGAAAGAAGUCAGGAUCUUCAGAGGGUCUUUCACAACUUCGACCCGAGUCUUCGACCCAUGGAGAAGGCGGUUGAGUAUCAGAGGGCACUCACAGCUGCCAAACUCGAGAAGAUAUUUGCAAGGCCUUUUGUAGGAGCAAUGGAUGGGCAUCGAGAUGGAAUCUCGUGUAUGGCUAAGAACCCUAAUUACUUGAAGGGAAUCUUCUCCGCUUCUAUGGAUGGAGAUAUUCGUCUUUGGGAUAUCGCUACCAGACGUACGGUUUGCCAAUUUCCUGGUCAUCAAGGUGCUGUGCGUGGUCUUACAGUCUCAACCGAUGGCAAUGUUUUGGUUUCAUGCGGAAUUGAUAGCACUGUUCGUUUGUGGAACGUUCCUCGUCCUUCGCUUGAAGACUCUGACCUCUCUUCUGAAAAAUCUGCUGAGCCGUCUGCGGUCUAUGUCUGCAAGAAUGCGUUAUUGGCUGUUGAUCAUCAGUUUGAAGGAGAACUUUUCGCUACAUCCGGCGCUCAAAUUGAUAUAUGGAAUCAUAAUAGGUCUCAGCCAGUCCACAGUUUCAAGCCUGGCAAUGACUCUGUAAUAUCUGUCCGGUUUAAUCCUGGAGAGCCUGAUAUAUUGGCGGUAUCUUCUAACGAUCGGAGAAUGAUCAUUUAUGAUAUCCGCAUGUCUUCUGCAGCAAGGGAAAUUCGCAUGCAGACCAAAACAAACUCAAUCGCAUGGAACCCUAUGGAGCCUAUGAACUUCACAGGUGCAAAUGAAGAUGGCAAUUGCUAUAGUUUUGAUGGUAGAAAGAAUGAAGAAGCCAAGUGCGUGCAUAAAGAUCAUGUUUCUGCAGUGAUGGAUAUUGAUUUUUCACCAACUGGUCGUGAAUUCGUCACGGGUUCUUAUGAUCGAUCCGUGAGAAUCUUCCCAUACAAUGGAGGACACAGCAGAGAAAUCUACCAUACAAAGAGGAUGCAGAGAGUAUUCUGUGUCAAGUAUAGCAGUGAUGCUACCUAUGUUAUAUCGGGGAGUGAUGACACUAAUCUCAGGCUAUGGAAGGCCAAAGCAUCAGAGCAACUAGGAGUUAUUCUUCCAAGGGAGCAGAAGAAGCAUGAGUACAAUGAAGCGGUGAAGAAUCGGUACAAGCAUCUUCCUGAGAUCAAGCGUAUUGUCAGACACAGGCACUUGCCGAAACCUAUAUACAAAGCAAUAGCGGAAAGCAGAGCCGUGAACAAUGCAAAGAAGAGGAAAGAUGACCGAAGGAAAGCUAGCAGUGCUCCAGGAACAAUUGUCACUAAACCUCUGCGGACAAGAAGGAUUAUCAAUGAAAGAGAAGUUGAGUGAAUCUAGUUUUUAUCGUUUUGUUUUUCUUGUCUCCGUUGUUUUCAUAAGAUACAUGUCUUGAAACACGAGGACAGUGAUAGUGAAAAAAAAAACAUUUUUGCAAGUGUUGUAAGACUCGAUGAUAUUCAUAUAAGUUAUGCACUUUUUCGUGAA